AUGACCAAUCAUACAGCUAAGAGGGAUAGGGGCACGGACGCGAUCAUCGAGCACAACGCCAGCGGCAGCCGCACACUGGUCGCCGCCGGUAGUAGCGGCAGAAGCGCCACCAGCGACAUCGACAGCAGGGUCUCGGACGCGAUGGAGGUGACCGUGGCCUUGGAGGACGCGGUCAGGGGCGUCUCCGCCGACAUGGACACGGCCACGGACGCGAUGGUGGCGGGGGACUCGGGCAGCAAGCAUAACGGCGGCCGCAGCGCCGUGUCUUUGGGCGUGACCGUUGUCGUGCUGGAGGUGGUCGUGGGUGCCUCCACCGGCACGGACGUUGGCAAGAACGUGACCGGUGACCAGACAGCGUCCGCAAAUGCAUCGACAGUGCGGAAGGAGACCGUUGUAGAGUCGGACGCAAUGGCAGCGGGCGACUCGGGCAGCGAGGGCAGCGGCCGUGGCAGCGCCGUCAGCAGCAUGACCUCAGACGUGGUGGUGGCGAACGUGGCCGUGCAGGAUGUGGUCUGA